GGAUAAGAUUACUCGAUAAUUGAGUAUCCACCUAAGAUAUCCCGCGAUAAACACGAGCGAUGUCGGCCACUUUUCCUAUUGUGAAUACGAGAAACAUUAAAAGUAUUCGCGUUGUGGUAAAAAGUGAGUCAGACUUGAAUUGUGUUCGGUAUCCAUUGUAUCACACAAAUAUUUCUCACCGCAAACGCUAACAGCUCGAACAAUUUUCGUUCUAACGGUUCUUCCAACAAAACUCGUAUGAGUAGGUGAACACAGAUUGGUCGAAGUGCAUUCGAUUCUGGUCUCUACCCGAGUGCAAUACUUGCCAGAAUCCCGGACGGCGCUCACGUCGCGUGUAAUCUAUGUUAUCUCGCGUAAGAUAUUGUUGCUACAAUAAUCUCCUUGUUUACGAAAAUCGGGUUUCUGUUCAGUUACCAAUUAUCUAAUGACUGUGAAUUAUAAGUGAUAAAGCCAGUGCUCCAGUAAAUAUUGACAUUAAUUAACCAAGUGCUUCCAAAUGACUUUUUAUAAAUAACAGUGCAAAGUGUUUCUAAUGAAUUCGGGACAUUUGUUUUAAUAUUCAUUAUAUAAUGAAGCGGUCGGCGAUCGGUCGCCGCUUUGCGCGCUUUCACUCGGUACGCUAUUAAUUACGUACACGAUUGUGUUCAGUCGGUUAUAUUUACUCAACUGUUUGGACUGCUGAAAGAUAAAGAAAUAGCUAAAGUGGCGCGCUACACGACGCUCGUAUCUUAUCGCAUCCACUCUAUUGAUCACUCGACACAUAUCGCGAACGGCUCGCCUUAUACGGACGACCGUGCCACCUUUAUUGUCCAAUUUAACAUAUAGCCGAGUACUGUUAUAGGCGCGAUGUUACCGGUGAAGUCAUAAUGUGCGUCGUACAAAAAUAGAAAUACAGUGUUUACAGGAAAAUAGUAUCAAUAACAAAGUGUUGCGGUUUGUAAUUGAACGGAAAUGGCAGCUAAAUCGCCUACCAUGAGUGUGAAGUCGCGGGAAAUGAUCGGCAACGAGCAGUUCAGUCAGCGACGCGAAGUGUUCGGUAAGCACGACACGGUGUUCCUGCCGCCCGCGUCGCCCGUGCCCGCCUCGUACCGCGACGUCGAGCCCAUCGUCACCUCCAACCACGGCAAGACCACCGCCAACUUCAAGCGGAACGCGCCCGGCUACUCCAGCAUGAGGGAGUCACGCACCGAGGAACGAGUGUUCGACUUUCGACCGCGGAAGUAUUCCGACAAUUUCACAUCGGAACUGAACCAAAGCGAUGAUGUGGAGUACAGACACACCAUGACGGAGAGGACGCGGCGUCUCUCCAAGCUCCGGCGGGACUUCAUGACAUCCAACAUACACGAGCCAGGUAGUACCAGCCCGUUCAGCCGCUCUGGAACUCGGGCGUCGAUGCCGGCUAACAGUACUGCUCCAUUAAAAUAUAAAAUUGAAAGUCCUAAUUUAUAUAAAUUCCCCUUCGCUGAACCUUACUUAACUCCGACGCCGGUACGCAAAGUUAUAGUUGAUCUGGGAUCCCCAGAUGUAGAAAGCACUGGCAAAGAGAAUCGUGACCCUGAAAAAACACGACAUUUGAGCUUAUCAAAUCAUGAAACGCCGAGUAAAUUGGAGCAACAAAAGUUGUUCGAGGAGAUAUUGAAGAGGUACUCACCACAGAGGAAGCCCAUCGACUGGGAGUUACCUCCGACUAAGCCGAGGGUCGUCGCGUCUGUUCCUAAAUCUAAUUCUAGUAUGGCCGACAGUAUUGAUAGUGGAGAUAAAAAAGUUGACGACAAAACAGAAAAAGGUGAUGAUGACGUGUUUGAGAAGAAACAAAAUGGUGAAGUGGCACCGGCUGUUUUAAGUGAAAAUUCUGUUGAUGAAAAAUCUAGUGAGAAAGCUGAUAAUAAUCCUGUGGAAGUUAAAGCAGAGGUCAUUCAGAAUGGCCCCGAGUCGUUAAGUACGGAUGUCGCUGCGGCGAAGGAAAGUGAAUCAAAAACAUCACAGUCUGAAUUGGAUGAGAAACAGGAUCAAGUCCCGGAACUAUCGACAAUUCAAAGACAAAUCAGUAGAGAUUCAGCCAAGAAGCCACCUCUGGACAAAGUUAUAGACUUAAGUAUACCUGCACUGAUACAGAAAAUGACAGCUGAGGGUGAGAACCUGGAGAUUUCGACUAAGCAAAAGAAAGUGAAGAGAAAACGUAGUUUCUUGGACAAGUUACUAGGUCGCAAGAAGGACAAGUAGCGAUUAUAUUGUAACAUUGAUGUGAUAUUGAAUAUACUGCAAAUAAUGCAGGACAGCCAAAGAUUUAAAGAAGCAUGACGUCAUCUCUGUAAUCUUUUGAUUUGUAGAUAUAUUUCUUUAUAUCGCAAAGGAAUAAACCGAUAGAUUUUAUUUAUAUCUAAAAUAUAAUUAAGGCCAGUCUUCCUCUGUUUUUUAUCGUAAUGCAUUGGUUUGGGUUAUCACUAGCUGAUAAUAUUAAGUGCCAUGUGACACGCCCUAUCUGCCAAAUUCAAACCGUUUUAUAACAAAAUAAUAUUUUAUGUGAAUAAUAUUUUAAGCUAUUCAGAGUUGUGAUGUUAACAUUUUAUAUUUUGUUACUAUUAUUAUUUGUUUAAUUAAUUAACGCUUGAUGUAAAUUUUCCGUAAACGUGCUGAAGUUAUCAAUGUGUAGGUACCUACUACCUACCUAUGUAUAUUCUGUAAUGUCACGAUCGUAAUACUAUUAAUAACUGGUUCCAUAAUAUUAAUAUUGUGACAAUUCCCAUGUAAAUAUUUCUGAGACGAGCUAGUGAACCUUGCAACCAAAUAUUUUCAUAAUAAAUUUUACUGUUUUUAUUAA